UUGGGCUACUGUCCCCAAAAAUUCCAGAGUUUCGCAGAGGAAAAGGACAUACUCGAUGAGAAUCACAAUGAAGCGCGGACCCCUGGUGCUCUUUUCGUUAAAGGGCAACCAUUCUGGAUCGACCCAGAUACUCAGAGCCCUUUUGCAACGGACAAUACCGAAGCUGAACUCGAUUUACCUCUGAACGGUGAUGCCCUCUUGGAGGUGGAACGAGGAACAAUAGAGCUCGUUCCGAUGCCUAAUACACCGUCACUUUUACAAUUCUACUACACAUGCAGUUUUUCAGACAACGCAUCAGUGCGAAUACAGCGACAUCAAAGAAAGCCGACUAAGAUACUCGUCUGGGAGCCCACACAGCGUUUUCUCUAUGUUCGUGAAAAAUGCUCUCAAUUUACCGAGUUCCCUUUCGAACCGGGUUCCCUCUCAGCUGAAAAGGAUGAUAAUCAGCUUAAGAAGCUUAUGAGUCAAAUGGUAUGGCAAGACACUCACAAGCUUGGAUGCGCAGUGGUAUCUUGCAGCAACAUGAUGUUAAUAGGCUGCCUGUACAAUCCGAGUGGAAACAUCGAAGGAAAACCCAUUUAUGAGAUGGGAGAGCCAUGCACGGGUUGUUCUUGCAGUAAAGAGGAAGGACUAUGUGUUGCUUAG